CAAAGAGGCCGAGCAUAGGUUCUCAUGUGACAUGUCACCAGGUUUUUAGUCAAGGCUCCGUCUCGGAUGGAGGUGUCGCCGCGCGCAUCGGGCGCCAGAACGAUGAGCACUAACCACCUCGGAGUCGGAGCUGCGCUGCUCUCUCUCAUCCUCACGUCUACCUGUUGCUCCUGCUUAGAGACGAGCAGAAACGGCUCUCCUCCCAACAUCGUCAUCAUGCUGAUGGACGAUAUGGGCUGGGGUGACCUGGGGGUGUUUGGCCAGCCGGCAAAGGAGACCCCAAACCUGGACCGCAUGGCUGCUGAGGGAAUGCUCUUCCCCAACUUCUAUGCUGCAAACCCCCUUUGUUCCCCAUCUAGGGCGGCGCUGCUGACAGGGAGGCUGCCUGUUCGGAAUGGAUUCUACACUACGAACGCCCAUGCCAGGAAUGCCUACACUCCCCAGGAGAUUGUGGGAGGCAUCAGCCAGGAUGAGAUUCUCCUCCCAGAGAUGCUGAGAAAGGUGGGCUACGUUAGCAAGAUCGUGGGCAAGUGGCACCUCGGCCACAGGUCGCAGUACCUCCCGCUGGAGCACGGCUUCGACGAGUGGUUCGGAUCCCCCAACUGCCACUUUGGGCCAUACAAUGACAGUGACAGGCCCAACAUCCCUGUCUACAAGGACUCCCAGAUGGUGGGCAGAUAUUAUGAAGAGUUCGAGAUCAAUGUAAAAACUGGAGAGUCCAACCUCACACAGAUAUACUUGGAGGAAAGCCUGCUGUUCCUGCGUGCCCACGCCAAAGCCCAGCAGCCCUUCUUCCUGUACUGGGCAGUGGAUGCCACCCAUGCCCCGGUGUAUGCUUCCAAGAGCUUCCUGGGGCGGAGUCAGAGAGGCCGCUACGGUGAUGCCGUGAUGGAGCUGGACCACAGUGUGGGGGUGAUUCUGGAUGAGCUGCGGACCCUGGGCCUCGCGGAGGACACCCUUGUCUUCUUCACCUCUGACAACGGGGCUGCCUUGGUGUCGGCCCCCACACAAGGUGGCAGCAACGGGCCCUUCCUGUGUGGAAAGGAGACCACCUUCGAGGGGGGAAUGAGGGAGCCCGCCAUCGCGUGGUGGCCUGGACGCAUCCCAGCGGGGACGGUCUCUCAACAGCUGGGCAACAUCAUGGACCUGUUCACCACCAGCUUGGCUCUGGCUGGGUUGCCCGUCCCAGAAGACCGCAUCAUCGAUGGGUUGGACCUCAGCCCUGUCCUCCUCAACAGCUCGUUGAUUGACAGGCCCAUCUUCUAUUACCGCGGCAACGAGCUGAUGGCAGUGCGGCUGGGGCUCUACAAGGCACACUACUGGACCUGGAGCAACUCGUGGGAGGAGUUCCACAAGGGCGUUAACUUUUGUCCCGGAGAAGAAGUGGACGGGGUAACAACUCACGACCAAAAGGAACACACCAUGCAGCCGCUCAUCUUCCACCUGGGCCGGGAUCCCGGAGAGAAAUUCCCCAUCAGCGUGCUGAGUGAGGAGUACCGCACAGCUCUGCAGAACAUCUCCCCAGUGGUGGAGCGGCACAAGAAGAACCUGGUGGUCGCAGUACCGCAGCUCAACAUGUGUGACUUGGCAGUCAUGAACUGGACCCCAGCUGGGUGCGAGAAGCUGGGGAAGUGUCUGAAGGGCCCCAAGUCGCAGCCUUGGAAGUGUGACUGGCCCCACUGAGCAGCAAUGGAGAGAACACACACGCGCAAAAAAAAUCAGGGACCACUUUCUGUCUUUGAUAUCAUAGCACUGCGAUGAUUCUGCAAUCAGACUUAAUCCAGAAGCACUUUUUAAACUGUUAUAAUUUAUGAAGGGAAAAGACAUUCUUAGGAAAAUAUUCUGGGGAUAAUUCUAGCCGGUUUGGCCAAUGUUUGUAAGGGGUUGCAAAGCAAUACCUUGUAGGGUUAUAUGAACUUUUUAGGAUAAUGGGAAGAAAGUGAAGAGUGGAUCUUUUGUGUUUCAUGUUGGAAGUGAUUCAGGGUGAAAAUGUAAACGUGUACAUAUUUUUAAGUAAAAAAAAAAAAAGUGAAACACCUCAGUCACGUGCAGCUGUCAGUGUUUGACUGGUGCAGCUUGCAGAAGUGAGCGAUGACAUACAAAGGGGUGGUCGUCAGGGUGCACUGAUCGUCCACAUGUUGACAUACACAUCUCAUAAUUUUCUGCACAGUGCAGCCAGAAGAACACUAAAUGUGCAUCACAUCUUCCUCUGUCAUCAGCUCUCCACAUUACAAAUUGGCACAUUUAAAUCCUGCAUAUCCACAUUUUUGAUAAAUUCAUA